AUGUCGAUUCCCCGGCUAGUCAAUGAAGACACUCUUUGGCGAUCGCACUUCAAUCGCGAGUGCCAAAGGCUUUUGAAGGAUUUUCCUUUUCUACUCGAGGGUAUAUUCAAUCCAUGCGAGAGGGACAUCGUAAAGGAUGCUGUCAUUGAGGUGCUGAAAAAUCCGUGCCUCCACUGGCUUAGAGACCUUGAAGACUGCUGGCCCGUGGAUGCGAUGCUCAAGAGAAUAGUGUCUAAGCGAUCUUCAGUCUUAGCACAUGUACUUCAGCGCAGGAGGGGGGAGCACAUGGAGCAAGUCCGACAUAAACAAGUACGUUUCGAUUGUGCAUCGCACUCGAGGAUUCAUGGAUGCUUCACCAAUGACGAUGGAGAAGACGAGGUCGAGCGCGGUGAGGACGCGAGCGACCUUGCGAGCGAUGCAACAUCAGAGCGGCCUUGUAGCGACACAAGCGCUAAGCCCGACCACCAAGCCGUGUUAGCUUUCCUUCGAUCCUGCCCCGGAAAUCUGGGUGCACUACUUCCGAAUUUUCUGGAGAGUGGCAUUGUCAACCGUCACAAGGUCAGCAUGCUCCUGAGCCUUCCUGCGGCAGAACGCGAACAUUGGCUCGACAAGCGCAGGGAGGCCCUAGGGAUGUCCCACUUAGAAGUUGCCGCACUUCAAGCGAAGUGCAAUCAAGAGCAGUCACGGGUGGCAACGCGCCAUCUCUGGGUGGACUUACCUUAG